AUGAAGCAAAUGGGAGACAGUCUGUACCAGGACAUUCUAAAUCUGGCCAAUCUCCAUUAUCUAGGGAUUGAUGAAGACCAGAUGAAGGAUGAGGAUUUUGGUAUUGAUUUUGAAGCUCUGGAGGAUACUAUCAUUGCACAAGCUACUUGA